AGCUACUGAAUACUAGAAUAGUAGGAUUAUGUUGAAACACCACUGAAAUAUCAACCAAAAUGCAUCCUGCUUUGCCAAUAUUCCUUGUGUUUUUCGGCUGUUGUAGCAAUGUUAUUUUUCUUGAGGAGCUUGUCAAGGUAUACCCUAACAGUGGCAACACCAUCACUUUCUGUGCUUUUAUCUUCAACUGUUUGGAAGGGCUUUUCAUCACAACCAAGUUUUUAACUGUUCGGCCUGUUAUACCAAUAAAGUACUAUGUUCUGAUGGUUGCCUUCUUCUUUGUAGUCCAGACCCUCAACAACUACACACUAGGGUUCAACAUCUCUAUGCCCUUACACAUGAUAUUCAGAGCUGGCUCUCUUAUAGCCAACCUCAUCCUUGGUGCCUUAAUCAUGAAAAAACAAUACAAAGUAACGAAGUAUUUAUCUGUUGUACUCAUCACUAUUGGCAUAGCUCUGUGUACCAUUGCCUCAGCUGGUCAAAAGGAAAAAAUGGCAAGCCACACCGGAGAUGCAGCAUAUGAUUAUUUUAUUUGGGUUAUAGGCUUGUGUCUCCUGGUGCUGUCAUUGUUUCUCUCAGCACUGAUGGGGAUCUUCCAGGAGAAAACUUAUGCCCAGUAUGGCAAACAUCCAUCUGAGGCUCUGUUUUACAAUCACUUCAUGCCUCUCCCAGGGUUCCUGCUAGUUGUAAGUGACAUCUCCAGGUGUUUCUCUCAGUUCAACACCUCAGAACCUUACAGUGUUCCCUCCCUUGGAAUGGUGCUGCCGUGGGCGUGGCUGUGGCUGUUGUUCAACACCAUCUCUCAAUUCAUCUGCAUCAAGAGUGUUUUUAUCCUGACCACUGAGUGCUCCUCCCUGACCGUGACCCUGGUGGUGACCUUGAGGAAGUUCGUCAGCCUGGUCUUCUCCAUCUGGUACUUCAAGAACCCGUUCACCUUGACCCACUGGGCGGGCGCGACCUUGGUGUUCCUGGGGACCCUGAUGUUUGUGGAGAUCUUCUCCAGGUUUGAGCCUUACCGCAGACUUGAGACCAGACUCAAUCAGCUCAAGAAAGUCAAGACUUAACGAUAAUUAACCAUUAGGUCUUAGA